AGUUCCGAGCUGGGCGGAAGUGUGGCGGUGCAGGAGAGUUCCAUGUGAGUGAGAGAGGGAGCAGCACGCUAAGUUACAGUAAUAUCUAGGGUAGAGAAUAUGGGCAAAAAAAGCAAGAAAGAGAAGAAGGUGAAGGGAGCGGAGAAGACGUUGGCCAAAAUGGAGAAAAAGGUCUCCAAGAAGUCAAAGAGGGAAGAGGAGGAUCUGGAGGCUCUCAUUGCCGAGUUCCAGUCUUUGGACGCCAGGAAGACCCAGGUUGUGGAGACACCCUGCCCCCCUCCCUCGCCCCGAUUAAACGCGACCCUCUCUGCUCACCCCGAGAAGGAUGAGCUGAUCCUCUUUGGUGGGGAGUACUUCAACGGCCAGAAAACCUUCCUGUACAACGAGCUCUACUUCUACAACAUUAAGAAGAACUCGUGGGUGAGAACCGACGUCCCCAAUCCACCGCCGCGGAGAUGCGCCCACCAGGCGGUGGUGGUUCCUCAGGCGGGCGGACAGCUCUGGGUGUUCGGGGGGGAGUUUGCGUCACCAGACGGAGAGCAGUUUUACCAUUACAAAGACCUGUGGGUCCUGCACCUGGCGACGCACACCUGGGAGCAGAUCAAAGCGGCAGGCGCGCCGUCGGGACGCAGUGGCCACCGGAUGGUGCUGUGUAAGAGGCAGCUGGUUGUAUUCGGCGGUUUCCACGAGAGCGCCAGGGAUUAUAUUUAUUACAACGAUGUCCACACCUUCAACCUGGACACCUUCUCCUGGAGCCGUCUUGCCCCAUCGGGCGCUGGGCCCGGCCCGCGCUCAGGCUGCCAGAUGGCCACCACGCCUGAUGGUGGGGUCGUCAUCUACGGGGGCUAUUCCAAAGUGAAAGCCAAAAAGGAUGUGGACAAGGGCACAAUUCAUACAGACAUGUUCCUGCUGAAAAAGGAGGGCCAAGAAAAGUGGGUGUGGAGCAGAGUGAGCCCCUCAGGAGUGAAGCCCACCCCUCGCUCCGGAUUUUCUCUGGCCGUGGGGCCUGGGGGCCGCGUGGUGCUGUUUGGAGGUGUGUGCGACGAGGAAGAAGACGAGACCUUGGAAGGAGAUUUCUUCAACGACAUGUACUUGUACGACAUGAACAAGAGCCGCUGGUUUGUCGGUCAGCUCAAGGGGCACCGGUCAGAGAAGAAGAAGCGGCGAAGGGGGAAGACAGCCGAGGGCGAUGGGGCCGAGCCCAGCGAGAGGCAGGGGGAGGGCGGCCAGGCUCCCCGGGGGCCGGUGGAGGUGGUGAAAGAGGUCGUGGCCGAGGACGGCACGCUGAUGACCAUCAAGCAGGUGAUCUCCGUGCCGGGAGAAGGGCCCCUGUCCUCAGAGAGCGAGGAGGAGGAGGAGGAGGAGGAAGAGGAGGGCACAUCGGCCGCUGUGGUGGAGCCUUGUCCCCGGUCCAACGCCAUGACCACCGUGAAGCACGGGGUUCUGUAUCUGUAUGGCGGGAUGUUUGAAGUGGGCGACCGGCAGUUCACACUCAGCGACCUCUACGCCAUUGACCUCCACAAGAUGGACAAGUGGAAGGUUCUUGUGGAGAUGGACCCCAAGACCCAGGAGUGGCUAGAGGAGUCGGAGUCAGAUGAGGAUGAGGAGGCUGAGGGGGCGGCCGGAGGGAAUGAGGAAGAGGAGGAUGAAGAGGACUCAGAAGAAGAGAAUGAUGAUGAUGAUGAUGAUGAAGCUGAGGAGCACCCUCCUGUCGAGGAAGGAGAGUCGUGUCCCAACUAUCAGCGCCGGACGGAGCAGUACUGGGUGAAACUUGCCCGGGAGAACAUGGGCCCUGAUGCCAAGGACAAGAAAGUGGUGAAGGUGGCACAGGCCAUGGCAAAGGUGUUUUACGAGGAGCGGGUCUGAAAUCCGUGUCAGCUUUAAUCGGGGGCCUGCGGGCCCUGGGGACAAAUAGGCACAGGCUGAGCCAACUCUGAAGACAAGCGGCUUUUAUCAGGCAGCUCAGGGAUGCUCAAACACUGGUCCUCUUCAGGAGGAACCCACAAGAUCUCUUCCUCUGAAGAUGGAGGCUCAGGUUUCGGACACAAAGUGAAUACGAAUAAAUGGAAUCCAUAUCCCAAUAUUAGUACAGUAAAACCUGUUCUGUUUUGAAAAAUUCAAGGCCAUUUGUCUGAAAUGACUCAACAGGAAGUGCAGUUUCCUCCGGUUGGUGGCUGAUGCUUCCCUUCAAAAUAUUUUAAUAUCAUUUAAGCCAAUUCCUUUAAAGUUGCCAUUUAUAUCUUCUCACAAGGAAGAGAAAAACGGUGUUGGGGAAACACGGUUUUCUGUCCUGAUGAUGUAAAGCCUUCACCCAUGUUGACUGUGUUUGGACAAGUGAACUUUGCUAAACCUUGAACAUAACACAGCUCCAAGUCAUGAUCCACUCCCUAUAUACAAUAGGCACUGCUGCGCCCUUCUCGAACCUGAACCUGUCUUCCUGAUAGCCAGGGUGAAUCGCUUCGGCCCUCCUGGGGGGAAAAGGCCAUUGAUAAUAAACGCACUAUAAUAAAUACGGUUUUGUUAAACUAAA